GUUUGUUUCGCUCACAAAACGGGCCUUUAUUUCGGUUCAGCGGUUGCUUUUCGGCGGUCCUUAUAAUGUGCUCUCAUUUAGUCUACAAUGAGAUCCUAUUUAUACUGACAGUCGUAACGCUUGUGGCAAACAAUAUCGCUUUCAGUCCAUACUUUGCAAUGCAUUCACACGAACCCCACGAUCGCACCCGAAGGGCAGCCACGGCGAGGGCCGAGCGGCUCUGGGACUACGGGGUCAUCCCCUACGAGAUUGAGGCCAACUUCAGCGGUGACCACAGGGCGCUGUUCAAGCAGGCGAUGCGGCACUGGGAGAACCAUACGUGCGUCAAGUUCGUGGAGAGGGCUCAGGAACAUCCCAAUUAUAUUGUGUUCACUGAGAGGCCGUGUGGGUGCUGUUCGUUUGUGGGGAAGCGAGGUAACGGUCCUCAGGCCAUAUCGAUCGGCAAAAACUGUGAUAAAUUCGGAAUAGUUGUCCACGAGUUGGGACAUGUGGUCGGCUUCUGGCACGAGCACACCCGGCCGGACAGGGAUGACAACGUCCAGAUCGUCACCAAGAAUAUCAUGUCUGGUCAAGAAUACAACUUCAAUAAACUGACGGAAGAGGAGGUGAACUCAUUGGGUCUGAACUACGACUUCGACAGUAUUAUGCAUUACGCGAGGAAUACAUUCUCGAAGAGCACUUAUUUGGACACAAUUUUGCCACAACAAGACCCCACACUCAAUGUGCGCCCAGAGAUCGGACAGAGGGUACGGCUGAGCAAAGGCGACAUCGCGCAGACCAAAAUGCUGUACAGGUGUCCGAAAUGUGGUCGAACUAUGCAAGAACCUAACGGUGCUCUCGAGUCACCCGAUUAUCCCAAGUCUUCGCCGCCACCGGAAGGAGAGCACUGCGAGUGGAGGAUCACUGCCACUCACGGGGAGAAGAUUGUACUCAACGUAACGGAUCUCGAUAUCUAUGAAUCAGACAACUGUGAGACUGACUUCUUGGAGAUUAGGGACGGCUAUUGGCCUAAGUCUCCACUUUUAGCCCUAUGCGGCGGUGAGAUCAACGCAGAGGAGGGCACUCUUCAAAGUCCCAACUAUCCCGAGGACUACCGGCCCAACAAGGAGUGCAUCUGGAAGAUCACGGUUCCCGAGAACUUUCAGGUGGCUCUCAAGUUCCAGUCCUUCGAGAUCGAGAACCACGACAACUGUGUCUACGACUACCUCGAAGUGCGCGACGGUCACAACAUGAAUAGUCCACUAUUAGGCAAAUUUUGCGGCUAUAAAGUGCCGGACGCCGUGCGCUCCAACUCUAACAAACUGCUCGUUAAGUUCAUGUCUGACAACUCCGUCCAAAAGGCAGGCUUUUCGGCCAAUUUUAUCAAAGAGUUUGACGAGUGCUCCGAUUCAGACCACGGCUGCGAACACGAGUGCGUCAAUACGUUGGGAGGCUAUCGGUGUGAAUGUAGGAUAGGCUUUGAGUUGCAUUCGGACGGCAAGAAGUGCGAAGACGCCUGCGGGGGACUCAUCGACGCCACCAACGGCACGAUUGUCAGCCCCUCGUUCCCCGACCUGUACCCGCCCAACAAGAACUGCAUUUGGGAGAUAGUGGCCCCACACAGCUUCCGGAUUACACUUAAUUUCACUCAUUUUGAUUUAGAGGGCAAUAAUGUUCGUUGUGUUCAUGAUUUUGAUUAA